UGAUAUGGAGGCCCAUGAAUCUGUACGGUCAGCUGAGAUUGAUCAGUUAAAUGGAGGAGCCAUGGCCGCAGGAAGUGGUGAGCCUGAACUGGUGGUACGGCCGAAAGCAAAAGCAGCUGGAACUGUGAGUCAAGAAUUCUCUGGUCCAGAUAUUUAUGAGGAAAUGAGAGCAUUCAUGUCUCAGUCUAGACGUACAGAAGUGCUGAAGAAGUUUAAUGUGACAGAAGAGACUUACAGACAACGGUUUCGGAAUACUACAGUGCCAGCAGGAGAAUCUGUGCGGGAAACCUACAACCGGAUUAAGGGGCUUUACAGGCGUUGGAUGCGACCAGAGAAUCGCAGUAAGGAACAAAUCGGGGAAACUGUUGUUUUGGAGCAAUACCUGCGUAUGCUCCAUCCCGACGUACGUACCUGGGUGAAAGAACAUGAUCCACAGACGGGAGAUGAAGCGGCAGAUCUGGCAGAGCGCUACUUGGCUGCACACCGGGAACCCUCCAGGUUAAAGGUGACUGUUGGAAAGCCUCGGUUUGAGGAGAGCAAACCAUGUGGCUCAAAUUGGAGUGAAAGGGUGGACAUGGGGGCUGGUAAGACACCUGCAGCUUCCAGGAAACCUUUUGUGUGUUAUUAUUGUCAGCAGCCUGGUCAUAAAGCUUCAUUUUGUCCUUUAAGGAAAUCUAAGUCUGUUGAAUUGUGUGUGGUACCACGUGGAGAUGAUGUUUAUGAUGUGAAUGACAACCGAACAAUUAUGCAUACCCAUGUUGUGGAUGUUAAAGUUAAUGGCCAUAUGGUGUGA